CGAAGCUGAUAGAAUCUGACCUUAACUGGCAUUUCCAACUGCCAAUGACAACCUGGUUUUGCCAGGUGGGUAGGGAAAUCGCCCUCUUCCCGCCGCUUUCGAAUCUUCACCCUUUCUCCAACCCAUCUAGGUAGCCUCUGGGUGCCUCUCGGCUCCUUUCGAGAGCUCGACAGGGCCCUCAGCCAAGCCGCCAUGAGCUUCUGGCCGACUCUCUUUCUCCCGUGGCUGAGAAAGGGACGGAAGAAAGGAAAGAAGAAAAAAGAGGUUGCGCGGAUUCAAGAGGACACUUUUGGCCGGGCUACGGUCCGUAGUCUGGGGGGCUUCGGCCUGGGGAUGACCCUCUCCACAGCCUAUGGGGCCCUGGUCAUUUUUGGCCAAGGCUACAGUAUCUGGUACUGCCUGCUGUCCACCAUCACCCUGGCCCUGGCCCUCGGCCUCGGCAUGGCGUUCUCCUUCAAAGUCCGGGUGACCGUCCUGCUGAUGCUGCCUCAAUUUUUUUCGAAAGAGGGCAAGAUGGUCCUCAUACUCCUAGCGUUUGGAAUGGCUAUGGAAGGACCCUUUGCCAACAUUGUCCGGAAUUUCAACCGGAGCGCUGACACCGUCUCGUGUGGAGCCGAGCUGGCCCUCAACCAGACGGCAGAAAUGCUGCAACGAGCUCGCGAACCUCUGAUCAAUGCCUUAAAGAAAAUCAAGGAUAUUGCCAGGAAGGCCAAAGUGGUUGGAGACCGUGUCCGAAAACUUUUCCGGUCUGUCAUGGAUGCGGUGCGGCACGUGGCUCACUGCAUGCGCAACGUUUGGUACUUCCUUCUUCACAUGGGUGAGGUGUGCAACGAAGAGAUGGGCAGGCCGUAUCAGAAAUGUGCCCGCAUCUUUGACAACGCGAAGGACCAGUGUGAACGCGCCAUUCCUUUCCUCUCCUUCCUGUGCCACGUCGUCCUUCUCUUCAAGUACCUCUGCGGACUGGCUAACAUCCUCCUGGUUUUCUGCAUCAUACCGGAGUACAUAGUGCCGUUUUUGCGUCGCAAGGUUGCAGAACCUGUUGUGGCCAUGCUCAAUCGGGUGCGAGCCGAGUUCGAAUUCAACAUCACCACCAUCCACCAGUACGAGGUGAACGUCAACGCCAGCAAGAAGCUGUCGCAGGUGGCCUUUGACAUCAUGGAGGAAGUGUCCGAGCGUCUGCAACCGGCGCGGGAAGCUGUGGGACUCUUUGGUUACAUGUCUACGCUGGUCAUGCUCUACAUGUACCUCGGGGCUCUCUUGUACCGGAAACAUUAUCUACACGAGGAUAGUUUUGACAACAUCUACAUCACCAACUCCUUUCUCGAAAUGGACGCUGUUCGGAGGAAAAGCAAGCGCCCGUCCGUUCUGCCUUUAUCGCCGAAGGAAAGCGCCAAAUUCAUCCGGCCAGCCUCCCUGGUGUUGCCGCGCAAGGAGCAGAUUGCCUAUGCUCUGGCCUUGGUCUCGAUCUGUCGCCAGUUUAUCCUGGUGAUUUUGCUGAUUCUGGCCGAUUUCUUUGUCUACUGGCUGUUCGACUUGGUGCGCUACCAUCUGGUGGGCGAAAUCGUGGCUAGAGCUCCGGUGUCGACCACUAUCGGUGUGAACGGCUCCGGCUACACCAGUGAACUCUACCGCGACUUGGUCUCCGCCUUCGACGUGCUUCAGGAGGGGAAUAUCAGCGUGGUGUCCCCAAAAUGCCGUCUGCUGCCAUCGGAGCCCGACUACGACGGUUACCUUGUGAUCGGUCUCAUGUACGGGAUCUGUUUAUUCAGCGCCAUCUUUGGCACGUACAUACAACGUAUGCGGCGAGUUCUCUGUGCGUGGUAUUAUCCUUCUCGGGAACGGGAGCGGAUCUGUUACCUCUACAAUACGAUUUUGACUCGAAGGACCAAGCUUAUGAGCGCCGUGCUUAAGGCUGUACGGCAAAAUUCUGCAGAUGAAGGCCAUCAAAAUAUUUUACUCGUCUUUGCGUCGAAAUUCCGCCUGUGUCGGUGGUUGGUCAAGAAGUUGGGGGUCCAUGAAGCAUACUGCAUGGGCUGCGGAAAAAUCCAGAGAGGGGUUGACAGCGAGGACUUUGUGACGUGCAUCACACCAGCGUGCCGAGGGAUCUACUGCCCUGAAUGUUACAGGAUCCUCAAUAACACCUGUUCCAUCUGUAUGGCCCCCCUCACGUACCAGGGUGACAUAGACGAGGAAAUAGACUCAAGUGACGAGGAGGCGAUGGUGCUCUGGACAAACGCGGUCCGUGCGCUGCGCGGCGUCCCGGAUGAGAAACGGCAGAAGCAGCGCCGUUUGCUGAAGACACGGAUCCUGCGGGCGGUGAAAGGAGAAGGCGGGUGCCGCGCGUUGGCUCCACAGCUGGCAAGGAAAAUCUUGGCACAAUUGAAAGAGGAGGAGGAGGAGGAAGAGGAGGGUAAUGAGAGCGAGGAAGACUCAUCCUCCAGUUCAGACGAGAGCAGUACGUCGAGUUCGGGCACAAGCCAUCUUGACUUCAGCUAUCAAAACGAGGCCGAGAUAAGCAGUGGUGAAGAAUUAGAAGAAGUCAAAACUGACUCGGACGAAGUUGGAAAGAGAAUCUGAAAAAAAUGACCUUUUCCUUAUAGACCAAUCUCCUUGUCUAUGAAAAAAAAGAAGGUAUCUAUCUGACAGUAUUCAAUGGAGCGAUCCAACGAGACAAAAUAUGGAAUUAUUCUCACCCCCCUCCCAAAUCUUUACGUUCUUGGAGACUUUGAGGAUCUUUUAGAAUUCAGAUUUUUGGCAAAAUCUGGAGGAAAAAAAAAGCUUUCGGAUCUGUUUUACAGCAUGUAGAUUUCUUGGUGGUCUCCCGUUCUUGGUACUUACUAGUCCCCGACUCGUUUUUAGAUUUAGAGUUCAGAUGUGAUGGCUUUCAGGAUGGGUCCUUUGACCUCCCUGAGGUCACCCAAAAUCAAAAAGGAAUUUUAUAAAUAGGAGUGUAUGGCAGAAAUCUAGCAGUUCAAGGAUCUUAUGGCAGACAUCUAGCAGGUCAAGUAGAGAUGGAUCUUAUGGUAGAAAUCUAGCAGGUCAAAGAGAUUUACCUCAAACACAGCUGCGCAUUCGCCAUGCCUGUUUUGUUUUGUUUUCAAAUCAACAAUUUCCUUGAAGGUUGCGAUGCGAAGGUGCCACGAAAAAAGCGAGCAAAAGAUACACCGACACACACCCACAUACCACAACGCUUCCCUGCUCUCCAUUUUAUUAUCAAGCCCUCGGCACAGAUCCAAAGUCCCCUUGAAUUCCAGCACACUAACAACAAUUAACAAUAGUUUAAAAAAAAAAUAAAACCAAAUCAGGAACGGUCUCCUUUUCCCAAAUGGUCCAAGUAAAUAUGCUUUUUUUUUUUGUCCCCCCCCCACAACUAGCACUACCGCUGCCAGGUAGGACGCUGUAAGAGACGGAGUGCUUACUCGACAAGACGGAAAAAGAGGAAACUAAGACAGGGAACGUUGCAGAAAAUAACCAGGAACCGGCUUUCUCUUUCUCUCUCUUUUCUUUCUUGGUUUCAAGUAGCUAAUUCAAGUUUAAACACAAAGGCACUUUUAAAGCUAAGGAAAAUUGGGUUAUUUCCUCUCUUUGUGGAAGUGCGGGGGGGGGGAGAUUGGGAUUGAAGAGGAAGAGAAUCAGAGGGGGGGGGGGGUAAAAAUAUAUUAUCUCUCUUAAAUACAGAUUAACUCUCAGCAAAUACUUCCGGAGGGCGGGAGCUUCCUGCAGGUUUUCCACACGCGCGCACACUCACACACCCCUCCCCAAUUUUAUCUCUCUUAUUCUCCAAGAAAAUGCAAAAAUCCCUUGUGCAAAAAAAAAAAAAAAAAAAAA